CCUCUAGACCGUGACCUCCCUCAUGGACGACCCCAGUGGAGGUUCACGGUGUUUGCCCAAGAUGAAGGAGGUUUAGUGGGGUAUGCAGAUAUCCACGUCAACUUGCAGAAUGUCAGUGAUAAUGCUCCGAUUUUCCUGCAGAGCCUCAGUACUACCAAUUUGACGGAAAAUGGAACAGCUGGAAUGGUCGUAGUGACGAUGACUGCUACGGAUCAAGAUGAUCCAUUGGAAGGUGGCAAUGCUCAGCUAGUCUACAACAUCGAGAAGAAUGUCUUAGACGAGCAGACGGGAACGCCAAUAUUCAGCAUAGAACCUCACUCGGGCCUGAUUAGGACUAAUAUUUGCUGCUUGGAUCGGGAGAAGACACCAGAUUACUCCCUUCAAGUGGUGGCUAUGGACGGCGGAGGGUUAAAAAGUACAGGAACGGUGUCCAUCAUAGUAUCAGAUAUCAACGAUAUGCCGCCCGCCUUCACCAAAGAUGAGUGGGUAACGGAAGUCAGCGAAUCAGAAGACGGCAGGAUACCAGACCACGCCAUCCUGACUGUUAAUGUUAUCGAUCAAGAUGAGACCAACGACUUCUAUUACAAGGUGGUUGAAGGCAGUGGACUGGGCACAGACAAGUUCAUGAUGGUGCGCAAUCCUGAUGGUACAGGUUCUCUCAGGGUUACCAACCCCCUGGAUUACGAGGACCAGUUGCAGAGUUCGGGCUUCCGGUUCAAAAUACAGGUGAAUGACCAGGGACCGAACAGCACGGAAGAUAAGAACCACGUGGCUAGCUCCUGGGUGGUUGUGAGGCUCCGUGACACUAACGAUAAUAGUCCACGUUUCGACAAGACGAGCUCGACUGUCUCACUUCAGGAGGACGUGGAGGUGGGCACCCUGGUUGAUACCUUCCUUGCUAGAGACCCGGACCAAGGAGGGCAGGGGAGAGUGACCUACAGCAUUCAUCGCGAGAGCGACAGGAGGCGACACUUCCACGUCAGUGAGGACGGUAGAAUCACCGUGCAGAGGCCGCUUGACAGGGAGAGAAGUGCUAUUCAUAAGAUUCUUAUCACGGCUUCGGGAGAUGGAGACCCACCGCGGACUACGACAGCCACUCUGACCGUGAACGUUUUAGACGUAAAUGACAAUGCUCCCCGUCUGCUCGUAGAAUAUCGUCCCAUCCUCCUGGAGAACACAGCGCCUCGCACACUGCUGGAGUUAUUCGCACAAGAUAUGGAUGACCAUGCCAAAGAGAACGGACCGCCCUAUACAUUUCACUUGGACCCUGCCGCUAACCAUUCCCUGAACCGGCUCUUCUCUGUCGAUACUAAUCCGAGAGGAGACAAUGGCCAUGGCGUGGCAAUUGUGUCAUCUCUUGUCAGUUUUGAUCGUGAACGCCACAAAGAGUACCAUUUACCCAUCACCAUACAGGACUCCGGAGAUCCGUUAAUGAUAGGCACAUCUACUCUCACUGUCGUCAUCGGUGAUGUGAAUGACAACAGAAUGGUUGCUGGGACUACGGACAUUCUUGUAUAUAAGUUAAAAGGAAGCAUAGAAGACAUGGAAGUGGGCCGAAUGUACGUAGAGGAUAAGGAUGAUUGGGACCUGCCAGACAAGAGUUUCUACUGGGAGUCGAGCCCGUCUCCACAGUUCCACUUGGACCAGGAGACUGGGACCCUCAGGAUAUCCGGUGAUACAGCGGAGGGGGAUUACCGGCUGAGGGUCAGGGUGCGGGACUCCAGACAGUCUUUGGACACAGUCGUUUCCUCAGUCACUGUCAUGGUGAGACAGAUUACAAUGGCAGACUGGUACCAUUCAGAGGUCGUCACCUUCCAGGGAGUCACGGACCGAGAUUUCAUUGUGAAAGGAAAUUCCACCGUAAGCAGGCUGGAAACAUUCAGAGAGGUAGUCGGACAGUUACUAGAGACAGAUACAGAUAACGUGUUAGUGUUCAAUGUACAGCCCAGCCCUGGGGACAGUAGUAGAGGCGGCAAGCUAUACACCGGAGUCCGCUUCUGUGUCAAGGAACACUCAGAAUACUUUAAGCCUGUCAGACUACUCGGGGAAAUGUUGUUGAACAGAAACACAAUUGUUUUAGAGUGUAUUAGCGCACUUUCUGCGAACAUAUUUUCUAUCGGAGAGGAGCAAUGUCAAGACCAGGAGCUGUGUGAAGGAGACAGUGGAUGUAGAACAAGGAGGAAUAUCCUGCCAGCUCUGCACAUAGUGAAUGGUAACACCACCGUCCUGGCGGGUCCAAGGGUUGAGGAGACGGCCGAGUGUGUUUGUGACGCCAGGGACUUCAGUGUCCCGGAGAGCUGCAGUUCGCACUCUUGUCUAAACGGCGGCACGUGCUACGAUACGAGGCAAGGGCCGAGGUAA